UCGUGUGAAAAUGUAGAUAUGUCCCGAACACAACUUUACCCGUCUGGAGGUACAGUACAGUGGAUGCCAACUAAUUAUAGUGACGGAUGGAGACCGCUGGAGAUGUAACUCCUCGAGAAAUACUGUACACUUGAGUCUUCCAUCAUCAGGAAAAUUGCCCUGAUUUCUCAAAAGAGCGUUUGCACGUUUAACUGGUUUAGAGCAGCUUCAGUAAUUCAACUGCAGCGCAGAAGAUCUUCCCUCUUAGCCACGCUAGACAGGUCAUCGCACACAAUGUUUGGGAGCGAAGUUAUUCAAGCAAUAAAUCCUGCGGAUUUAGCUAGCACUGAAAAAAAUACAGAAGAAUAUAUAUUUGCGGUUGGUACUUACAAACUCCUUGCUUUUGCCAUCGGAACAAUCGGAGUCUUCGGAUUUUGCAACAAUAUUAUUGUCAUCGUGCUGUACUACAGAUUCAAGAGACUCCGGACGCCCACAAAUUUGUUAAUAGUAAACAUUAGUAUAAGUGACGUGUUGGUGUCUGUCAUUGGAAUUAACUUUACGUUUGUUUCGUGCAUCAAAGGCGGGUGGGUCUGGAACUCGGCAACAUGCAUUUGGGACGGAUUCAGCAACAGUUUAUUUGGCAUCGUGUCCAUCAUGAGUCUCUCUGCCUUGGCCUAUGAGCGCUACAUCCGGGUGGUCCAUGCUAAGGUGGUGGACUUCCCCUGGGCCUGGAGGUGCAUCACUUACAUCUGGCUCUACUCCCUGGUCUGGACAGGGGCUCCUCUCCUGGGGUGGAACCGCUACACUCUGGAGAUCCACCAGUUAGGCUGCUCUCUGGACUGGACUUCCAAGGACCCUAACGAUUCCUCCUUCGUUCUAUUCUUUCUCCUGGCCUGCUUCUUCGUACCAGUGGGCAUUAUGAUCUACUGCUACGGGAACAUUCUUUACACAGUGCAAAUGCUCCGCUCCAUCCAGGACCUUCAGACAGUGCAGAUUAUUAAGAUCCUGCGCUACGAGAAGAAGGUGGCCGUCAUGUUCCUCUUGAUGAUCUCCUGUUUCCUGGUGUGCUGGACGCCCUACGCCGUGGUGUCCAUGAUGGAAGCCUUUGGCAGGAAGAGCAUGGUCACCCCUGCUGUCGCCAUCAUCCCCUCCUUCUUCGCCAAGUCCAGCACGGCCUAUAACCCUCUCAUCUACAUCUUCAUGAGCAGAAAGUUCCGGCGCUGCUUGCUGCAGCUGUUGUGCUCCCGGCUCUCAUGGAUUCAGCACAGUGUCAAGGACCGCCCGCUGGCCCGGAGCAUCGAGCGGCCCAUCCGCCCAAUUUUCAUGUCCCACAGAGGGGACGGGGAACGACCAAAGAAGAGGGUGACCUUUAGCUCCUCCUCCAUCAUCUUCAUCAUCGCCAACAACGACAUGCACCACCUGGACACCACCUCCAAGAGCGGCCGUAUGUUGUCAGAGGUCAUCCAGGUGCGGCCGCUGUGACAGAGCAUUAUGGGUACUGCAGUACAUCAUGCUACACCCAGGUCACCAUGGGAACUGACUAAUCACCUCCAUCUAACACCUGUUCCUCUGUAUACCUCAGGACUUCCUCUCAUGAUACAGUAAACCCGGAGGUGUUUCUUCUCAAAAGCCAAAACACCUUUCUGACCCAAGACUAAUGUUUAAUAUCCUGUUCUCAGACUGUCUCGCCAUGAAUGCCGGGAAACGCUUUUUCUACCAUCAGUUGUGGUAAACAAAAUAUGUAGCUGUGAAUUUGUGAUGUAUUUCUCUUAACUUGUACCCUGUUAUUUUCAACCGCACCUAAGUAAUCGUGUCAGCCAGCCUUCGACAUAGUCUCAUGCUGAGUUGAGUGUUUUUGAACAGGACCUCCUGUGUGAUGCCGGAGGCUAGCAGUGCUAAUGGAUCAGUGAUUGGCUGAGGAAGUGAUGUUGAUCAUUAUUAUUUCCCUGGUUGGCAGCACAAUAGUGCUGAAUGACUGACGGGGAAAGCCUUACAAUAUUGCAGCAGCACAUUCUGCACAAUACUCUCUCAGUGUCACGCCCUGGCCUUAGUAUUCUUUGUUUUCUUUAUUAUUUUAGUUAGGUCAGGGUGUGACAUGGGUAAUUUAUGUGGGUUUUGUAGUGUCUAGGGUGGUUGUAAGGUUUAGGGGGUUUAUUUAGAGUAGUUGGGUUUAUGUUUAGUAUAGUUGUCUAGCUGUGUUGUGUGUUGUGUGUAGUUGUCUAGGAAAGUCUAUGGUUGCCUGAAUGGGUUCCCAAUUAGAGACAGCUGGUUUCUGUUGUCUCUGAUUGGGAGCCAUAUUUAAGGUAGCCAUAGGCUUUAGUUUGUUGUGGGUAAUUGUCUAUGGUGAACGUUUGUAGCCUGUGUGUGUGUGUGCACUACGUUUAUAGCUUCACGGUCGUUUAUUGUUUUGUUAGUUUGUAAGUGUUUUGUUUCGUUUUUUUCCUUCUUCAAAAUAAAUGAAGAUGGCUUAUUUUCCACA